AUGGUGGUAGCGGUUGACAAGAUAAGACUGACCGAAGAAACGACUGUCGGAGCUGGUGCUGGUGCUGCAACUGGAAUUGGAGCUGGUGCUGGAAUUGGAUUGAGGUCGGCGGGAACGGCUGUCAUAGUAGGCCCAAGUGAAGUCGGCGCUGAAGCAGGACUCGCCAUCAUGCUUGUCGGAGAGUUUUGCUGGUACAAGGACUCCUCAUACGGCCUACAUGCUACCAGCGCAACGAGGAUAGCAACGAUUGCGUAG